AUGGCUACACCUAAUUUGGAACAGACCUCAAGCGAUACAUUACACAAGGUGGCAGCACUUUUGCACCCUUCAGAUUUGAGCUCUCUGCGGGCCAAUGCUGUUGACGAACAGAUGCUUCAUACUGAACUACAGCGUAUCUUGACAACGUGGAGGACCAGCCUGAUGGGCUCAGAAGUCGCCAAGCUCGAAGCGCUGUCUACAGACGAAACCUUGCGAAGCUUUGUAAAGACGAUUCAUAUCGAGGAUGACUGUGAGAAAAAUGAUCCUUGGAACACUCUAGAACCUUUCCGAUUUCCGAACAUAUGGCCACGAAACAAAGCAGGCAGUGUUCUCUCGGACCAGAUUGGCGUAGCUAGCCUGAGAUCCAUGCUCAAAGAAAGAAAGCUACGGCCUCUAACUAUUGUGGUUCGAGACUAUCGUAUCAGCUCUCUGAACUCUUCUACGUGUCCAAGCACGAGUCGCAAUGUGACCUAUCGAUUUGGAGGUGAAUUAAUGGCGCGAGACCUUAAGCCAGCACCCGCUCUUGCUAAAGAUAUUCUUGAUGGCAUCGCCCUGGAUAUCUUGUCAAUUACCAUGCGUCAAGUCAAGCUCCCAAAACGCAGCGAAAUAUCACUCCCAGUCAGCGAACCUUGCGUCACAGAAAUUACGGUCAACAUGUCCCUGGAUCACGACGGCUGUGUAGCCUUUUCUUCUUUGCGUUCGGCAGAGCUUCUAGUCAUUCCAUUUUGGCUGGAUCAGGUGUGCUACCGCGCCCCAAACCUUGAGAUUUUGAAGAUCAAGCACAGCAACAUUUCAGGUAGUUUGCCUGCUGGGGGGCCUCAAUUCACAAAUCUGCAGCAACUCGAUCUCUCAUACUGCAAGUUCAAUGGAGGCGACCUACUGAAUCUCACGAUGGCAUCGAAGCGGAGUUUGAGUAGCGUCUCACUCCAUAUGACAACAAUGACUGAUGAUAGUACGUGGCAAGAUAUUUUGUCAACCAUGGGACAUGAACUGUCAGGGUUGGAGUCCUUUACACUUCGAAUCCUCAAGGGCGGUGGGGAACUCAUCACCUUCUACGGCUUUGACGAGCAAAGUGUUCCUGAAGACUGUAGACCCGGCUUGUAUUUGUUGCAGAAGGGUCCACCGGAAAUUCGCAGGCUCGACCAAAUAUCUUAUAAAGGACCUCACGCGGCUGGGGUCUUGGAGACAGUGUCUCGAUAUGCAAGACCAUGGAAAGUUUGA